CAGCUGUCCCUUAGUCGGUCGGGAUUUCUGAACCACGGGAGAAUAACCAGAAAAGGGUUACAGGGAUAAACCAUCUUAUUUUGGUAGUAGAUAUCACAUUAUAUGGUCACAUAAACACGCAACGAGCUACUUUAUCCACCAUUUAACGAUGGAAGCUGAACUAUGAGGUGUUGUGUAGCUGCAGAAGACUGAAUGAAACAUGGCACAGUUUCCAACCACUUUCACAGGUCCAGAUGUGUUUCUGAUUUCUGUGGACGAGAGGGCCAAACAUGAUCAGCAGUUUCACAGCCUCUCUCCGACUGCUGGUGGAUACAUCACAGGUGACCAGGCCAGAAAUUUUUUUCUUCAAUCAGGGCUGCCCCCGCCCAUCCUGGCCCAAAUAUGGGCUCUGGCUGAUAUGAACAGUGAUGGUCGGAUGGAUAUUCACGAGUUCUCCAUCGCCAUGAAACUCAUCAAGCUGAAACUCCAAGGUCACCCUCUGCCUCCAGCCCUUCCUCCCAGUAUGAAACAACCUCCACUGCCGUUACCCCCACAGACCGGCUUUGGCAUGCCCCCCAUGGCGUCCAUCACAGCUCCUCUGCCAGGCGUGCCCCCACUCCCCCUGCCUCCUCUUCCUGUUGGAGUGUCUCCCCCCCUCGUCUCUUCGGCACCACCUCCACUUCCCCAGCCCAUCGCUAACGGAGCCCCUCCCACAGCCAUGAUGCCACCCAUCUCAGGCUUCUCACACCAAGCUGUCAAUAAGUCCUCAUCGUUUAAUCGUUCCAGCACCAAGCUGCAGAAGGGGCCAUCGUUUGAUGCUGCUGGUGCUCAGCCUCCUCCUGAUUGGGCCGUUCCUCAGUCCUCCAGGCUGAAAUACAGACAGCUUUUUAACUCCCAUGACAAGAUGAUGAGCGGACAUCUGACUGGUCCCCAGGCUCGCACUAUCCUGAUGCAGUCCAGUCUUCCUCAGACUCAACUGGCUACAAUAUGGAAUCUAUCGGACAUUGACCAGGAUGGAAAGCUGACAGCUGAGGAGUUUAUUUUGGCUAUGCACCUCAUAGAUAUGGCUAUGUCAGGGUUACCGCUGCCUCCUGUGUUACCUCCAGAUUACCUCCCACCUACAUUCAGGCGUGUGCGAAGCGACAGUGUUCAGUCAGACCAAAAGAGUGUCCAGGAGGAGAUUGAGGAGGAGACUGAGAGCAGCCAAGAGAAGAAAUUACCAGUGACAUUUGAGGAUAAGAAGAGAGAAAACUUUGAGCGAGGAAAUCUGGAGUUGGAAAAGAGACGCCAGGCUCUGCAGGAGCAGCAGAGGAAAGAGCAGGAGAGGCUGGCGGCGCUGGAGAGAGAGGAACAGGAGAGGAAGGAGCGUGAGCGUCUGGAGCAAGAAAGAAGACGACAGCAGGAACUUGAAAAACAACUGGAAAAGCAGAGAGAGCUGGAGAGACAGCGAGAAGAGGAGAGACGCAAGGAGAUUGAGAGGAGAGAGGCAGCUAAACGGGAAUUAGAGCGCCAGCGUCAGCUGGAGUGGGAGCGGCAACGUCGGCAGGAGCUUCUGACUCAAAGAAACAGAGAGCAGGAGAGCAUUGUUCUGCUCAAGGCCAGGAAGAAAACCCUGGAGUUCGAACUGGAGGCGCUGAAUGAUAAGAAGACUCAGUUGGAGGGUAAACUUAAGGAUGUUCGGUUUCGCCUGUCGGCUCAGCGGAGAGAAGUGGAGCAGACCAACCAGACCAGAGAAACACGGAUUGCGGAAAUCACAUUGCUGCAACAGCAGCUGCAGGACUCCCAACAGUGGCUGGGGAGGCUUAUUCCUGAUAAACAGAGUCUAAAUGACCAGUUAAAACAGGUUCAGCAGAACAGUUUGCACCGCGACAGCCUUUCAUCUCUGCAGAAGGCUAUUGAGCAGAAAGAGAGCAGCAGACAGCAGCUCCGAGAUCAGCUUGAUGCUGUGGAGCGAGAAACCAGGGCCAAACUGCUGGAAAUAGAUGCUUUCAACACACAACUAAAGUCUCUGUGUGAGUUCUAUGCCAACCACUGUGCCAGGAUAGAAGCCCUGCGACGCCAGCUUCAGGAGGAAGAGACAGGGAGACAGGAGCUGCGGGAGAUCCACAGCCGGCAGCAGAGGCAAAGACAGAAGGAGUUGGAGGGAGAUGCACACACACAGACACACACACACUCUCACAUGCACACCCCGAGCGAGAGAAAGUCUGCCGAGCUGCAGGAGAGUGGAUUGUCUUCGGAGGAGGGUACUGCCUGGAGGGAUGAAGCAGGAAGUUCUACGACUAAAGCACCUAGCCCCCCCUCCAUCUCAGCGCCACACGCCUGGCUAAACAGAGUGACUCAGGAAGAGGAAGAGAGGAAGAAAAGGGGGAUAGAAGAUGAGGAAGAAGCCAGGAAGGGGGCCAGAACAAGGGAAGAAAAGGAGGAUGAAGGCAGAGGCAAGAAAGACAUGCAAGAUAAACUCAGCAAGCUUUUCAGCCAAUCAUCUGACCCUUGGACCUCAACAGUGGAGAAGACUCAGGGUCUCAGUCUGUUUGACCAGAAGGCAUCAGCCAGCAGCCUUGACCAGCAGCAGGCACCAGUGAAGGUGGUCUACUAUAGGGCUCUAUAUCCAUUUGAUGCUCGCAGCCACGAUGAGAUCAGUAUCACCCCUGGAGAUGUAAUCAUGGUGGAUGAGUCCCAAACAGGUGAGCCCGGUUGGCUGGGGGGUGAGCUCCGGGGCCGGACCGGUUGGUUUCCAGCCAAUUAUGCAGAACGAAUACCCGACAGCGAAGCGCCAGUUAGCCUGCGUUCCACAGCAUCAACCACACCCACCUCAUCCCAGCAGCCGUUAAACACACCCCCUCCAGCCCCCGGACACACCGCCUCCUCUGCAUCAUCGGCCAACAGUAACUGGGCCGACUUCAGCACCACCUGGCCUUCAAACACAACCAGCCAGUCAGACAGUGAGGGAUGGGACGCAUGGCCAACCUCUUCAACCAAUCAGAACCCAUCUCUAAGUGUUCCCUCGGCACAGCUACGACAGCGCUCUGCCUUCACACCUGCCACCAUGACAACGGGCUCCUCUCCUUCUCCUGUACUAGGACAGGGGGAGAAGGUUGAAGGUCUUCAAGCCCAGGCUUUGUAUCCCUGGAGAGCCAAGAAGGACAACCACCUCAACUUCAACAAAAAUGAAAUAAUAACUGUAUUGGAGCAGCAGGACAUGUGGUGGUUGGGUGAACUUCAGACCGGACAAAGAGGCUGGUUCCCCAAAAGUUACGUCAAGCUCAUCUCAGCCAACAUGACAGCCCCUGCUGGUGCUGCAGCACGCUGCAAAAACACUGGUGAAUCUGGAAUAUCAGAAAGUCCUCCUAACGGAAAACGUCCCUCCCCUUCUCCAACAAAACCCUCAGAGUCUGGAGAAGAAUAUAUUGCCAUGUACACCUACGAAAGCAGCGAACAGGGAGACCUGAGUUUCCAGCAAGGAGACGUCGUCAUGGUGACCAGGAAAGAAGGAGAUUGGUGGACUGGCGUAGUAGGGGGAAAGACUGGAGUCUUUCCAUCCAACUACGUCAAACCACGCGAUUCGGCAUUAGAGUCACUGGGACCAGCAGGAAAGACGGGAAGUCUUGGGAAGAAACCAGAGAUCGCUCAGGUGAUCGCCCCCUACAGUGCAACAGGAGCAGAGCAGCUGACGUUAGCUCCAGGGCAGCUCAUCCUCAUCAGGAAAAAGAACCCAGGGGGCUGGUGGGAGGGUGAGCUCCAGGCUCGAGGGAAGAAGCGUCAGAUUGGUUGGUUUCCAGCAAAUUAUGUGAAACUGCUGAGUCCCAGCACCAGCAAAACAACUCCUACUGAACCCACCCCUCCUAAACUGGCCCCUGCCAGCACAGCUCUGUGCCAGGUGAUUGGCAUGUACGACUACGUGGCCCAGAAUGAUGACGAGCUGGCUUUCCAGAAGGGUCAGGUGAUCACGGUGCUCAACAAGGAUGACUGCGAUUGGUGGAAAGGAGAGCUCAAUGGGAGGGAGGGUCUCUUUCCCAGCAACUAUGUCAAACUGACCACAGAUACCGACCCGAGCACGCAGUGGUGUGCCGACCUCCACCUGCUGGACAUGCUGAGUCCGAUGGAGCGGAAAAGGCAGGGCUACAUCCAUGAACUGAUCGUCACCGAGGAGAACUAUGUCAACGAUCUGCAGCUUGUCACUGAGAUCUUCCACAAGCCUCUGCUGGAGUGUGAGCUGCUAACUGAGAAGGAAGUGGCCAUGAUCUUCGUCAACUGGAAGGAGCUCAUCAUGUGCAACAUCAAACUGCUCAAGGCUCUGAGGGUGAGGAAGAAGAUGUCAGGCGAUCGGAUGCCGGUGAAGAUGAUUGGUGACAUUCUGACCAACCAGUUGCCUCACAUGCAGCCGUACAUCAGAUUCUGUUCAUGUCAGCUGAACGGAGCCACGCUGAUUCAGCAGAAAACAGACGACAACCCUGAGAUCAAAGAUUUCCUCAAGAGAUUAGCAAUGGAUCCGCGCUGUAAAGGAAUGCCUCUGUCCAGUUUCCUGCUCAAACCCAUGCAGAGAGUCACACGCUACCCUCUCAUCAUCAAAAACAUCAUAGAAAAUACUCCAGAGUCUCAUCCAGACCACAGCCACCUGAAAGCUGCCCUGGAAAAAGCAGAGGAACUGUGCUCACAGGUGAACGAGGGCGUCAGGGAGAAGGAGAACUCAGACCGGCUGGAGUGGAUUCAGGCUCAUGUUCAGUGUGAGGGCCUGUCAGAGCAACUGGUGUUUAACUCUGUCACAAACUGUCUGGGCCCGAGGAAGUUCCUCCACAGCGGGAAGCUGUUUAAAGCCAAGAGCAGCAAGGAGCUCUACGGCUUUCUGUUCAACGACUUCCUGCUGCUGACACAGGUGACCAAACCUCUGGGCUCAUCUGGGUCGGACAAAGUCUUCUCCUCAAAAACACACCUGCAGUACCGCAUGUACAAGACGCCAAUCUUCCUAAACGAAGUGUUAGUGAAGCUGCCAACAGACCCAUCAGGAGAUGAACCUCUGUUCCACAUCUCCCACAUCGACAGAGUUUACACACUCAGAGCUGAGAGCAUCAACGAAAGGACGGCGUGGGUUCAGAAGAUAAAGGCAGCGUCGGAGCUUUUCAUCGAGACGGAGAAGAAGAAGAGGGAGAAGGCGUAUCUUGUUCGCUCUCAGAGGGCUACAGGUAUCGGCAGGCUGAUGGUCAACAUUGUGGAGGGGAUUGAGCUCAAACCCUGUCGCUCCCACGGAAAAAGUAACCCAUACUGUGAAGUGACCAUGGGAUCCCAGUGCCAUAUCACAAAAACAUUACAGGACACAUUAAAUCCGAAGUGGAAUUCCAAUUGUCAGUUUUUUAUUAAGGACCUUGAACAGGACGUCCUCUGUAUCACUGUGUUUGAACGAGACCAGUUCUCACCUGAUGACUUCCUGGGCAGGACAGAGAUCCGGUUAGCUGAAAUAAAGAAGGACCAGGGCUCCAAAGGACCAAUCACUAAGAGGCUGCUGCUCCAUGAGGUUCCCACGGGGGAGAUUGUCGUCAGGUUGGACCUGCAGCUGUUUGAAGAACCAUGAAAACUGGCUGGACUGGACUAGCCUGAGAAGGACAAGAAAGAUGUCAUCUGGACUCGGGAACUGGGCUGGAUUAAACUGGGCUGGUAGGCUGGACUGGUCUGGAGUUAUUUAUUACAAACAGGAGGUUUAUAUUUCAGGAGGGCUGAAUUACAAGUCUUUUUUUUUUUUUUUUAUGAAUUCCCCACAUUUUAUCCUAAAUAUUUAUUUUCCACCACAUUAACCCUAUAAGUCAAAAUCGGGGUUUUGUAUCCUUAUUAUUUUAAGUUGUAUUGUAAUGCAUUUUACUUAAAAAAAAAAAAAACGGUAGAUUUGGGGCUUAAAAGUAGAAAAAAGUUCUGUUUUAGGGAAAAUUAUCUUGAUCGACACAUCAUAGUUGCACAUUGUUCCAGUUUAACAUCUGCACCAUGAUGGGAGGUUUAAAAAGAAACAGGCUCAUCUUAAUCAGCAUUAACGAUUAAAAAAAAAGAAAAAAAAAUCCAAGGCCUGUUUCUUUUCCAGUCCAGUCCAUUCGACUCCUCCCUCAGUGUGGUCCAGUUCAGUAUUCAGUCCAGUCUUGGAGAUCUGACGGAUCGUUGCUGUUUUCUCUCCUUCUGCAUCGUCCAGACUGUCUCAGACACUCCGGUGACAAUCCCAGCCCUCCUUUUUUUUAUCCAAGCAAACCCAUCCCCUGUUUGUGUGAUUGGGUGUGAGUGAGUGAGUAUGUAAAGCUGCACGAGUGUCGAGUUGGACAAGCACGGUUCAGUCUACGUUUCUUUUCUUUUUUUACGUUGAGUCUUAAAGCUCUCUCAGUUUUACGAUCGACUCUUCAGGCUUUCAGCUCCGAGGUACAGCACAUUAACAGACCUUGAUGUUUUGGGUUUUUGUCUGUAUUGACGUGCACUUGACUCUUGUCACAUUAACCCAGAAAGUGCUAUAUAUGUACAGGUUUAGUAGAUAUGCUAUCAGUGCUAAUAAGCUAAAGGAAAAAAAGGAUAGAAAGAUAUUAACCCAACAUUUGACAAGUGUUCUGUGUUUACAGACAAACUGCGGAUAUGUCAAGGUGCCUCUCUCCCAUGCACCAAGAAUAUUAAUGUGGCUGAAGUAACAGGUACGAAAGCUGAAUUAAAUCAAGGUACUGUGAAGAAGAAUGUCUUAACCUCUUUUUUUAAGCUAGGUCAAACACAAGGGUUAUAAUUUUACUGUUAUAUUGCUGCUGUGUUGAGCCAUCGCAGUGGCCGUCACUAUGCAGGGAGUUUAAAAAAUAAACGUGAACAAAGCCGGAGUAGGGCUCUCAAGCAAGCUUAAUAAACUGUAUUUUAGAUUAUUUCCACAUUUUAGCCCUGAGGAGAUGCAGUGCAAAAAUUACUUUACUGUGCAUUGGCACUCCGGCACUUUUAAAACAGACUCUGUCUUAGAUUUAAAGGCAAAGAGGGGUACGUUAACUGACUCAGAAGCUGCCAUUUUGAAUAACCAGAGUAGGAACAUUUUGAAGUUAUGUUUGUUUUUUGUUUAAUCAACUAAACCAAUUCUAACCACAUGAAUUACUUUCAGCCUUUUUGUCUCUAUAAACAGAUAUCUGUGUUAGAAAUAUGCAUAUUGUUCUGGGAGAGGAUGAAGUUUUGGUUUCCUUGCAGCGCAACUACUAACUGUAGUCUUGAAAUCAUUGGUACUGUCUAAAAUGUAUGUAUAUUGUAUUUAUCUUUUUAUUUGCCAUUUAUUUAUUUGCAUUCACACAAUAGCUAGUGGAACUUAUGGGAGGGUCCACCCUCAUAGCACCGAAAGCUGAAUCAUUUCCUGUUACUCCUGAACAUAAAGUUAGCAAACGGUACACAAGCGAUCCAUAGAUUGUUUAUUAACUACAGUACAGUGCAAAAAUGCUGAGCCACCAAACAGUAAACAGAUGCAGCAAUAUAUUAAAACAUCCCGUUAAAAAAUGGAAAUAGUCUGGGAUCAAUAAAAUACAUUUUAUUCUGAUUAUAAAAUAGAGUAGAAGGCAAAAACACAGUUCACACAAUUUGAACAAGUCUUAUCCCUUCAAUUCUUUUAUGCCUGACCCAAAAAAUAAAGGGCAGAACAAACAUUUUCCUUUGAAUUUUAAGUCUUUAUUUGGCCCUUUGACAAAGUGUUAAAAAAAAAAAGAAAAAGAAAAGUACAUCUAUGUAACUUUUCUUACUGUAUGAUGUCAGAAUUAUUGAAGUGCUAAAGGUCUCCACCAGGGGGCAGAAGAUAAGUAUCAGUAUACAACAGGGUUUUAAACCAUGCUUUGACCAGAGUCAAUAGGUCUCAGAAACGGUAGAUAUCAAAUACGAUAUAUUAAGCAUUAUGGGUAAAUAAUGCAGUAACUGCAGUGAAAUGGUCAAAACUUGAAACAAUAGAGGUAAAACACUUACUUUUGGAAUUAGGUGUAGUAAAAAAGGCACAGGUGGGUUUCUUUUCCACAAGAUUCAUUAUGGUCACUGAAACAUUUGCUCUGAAGCAGAGAAUUAAAGAGUUUAAAAAAAAGAAAGAACUGGAAAAAACUCCUUCAACUUGGGCAUAACAUCUGUAGAAGUCUCAUUAAUGAUGACUUUGGUAAUAUUAGCUAAAGUUGGUGAGAAAACUUGUAGCUAGCAAGCUAUAUAACCUGACAAGGAAGGAGACCUUUAUAGCAUUGAAUAUAUUAUUUAACUAAUUCCUCUUGUGUUUUGAUUUGUUUGUUAAAGAGAUGGGAGUAUUUGUUAAAAUAUAUAUAUAUAUAUAUGUAUAUAUAUAUAUAUAAACAUUACGCUCGUUUAUUUACAGUAUCGUGCCUUCACAUGAACGUGCUAACACAUCAUGGAGGAGAAUUGCAUUCUUUGCUCACAGAUUACACGUCUCUGUUGUUAACCACUACAUCUUUAGCAUAUCAGUAAUGUUAUUUUCCAGGUUUAAAAAGAGAAACUAAACAAACAAAAAAAAACCUCAGGAUUUAUUUUGCAGGCAGUGUAAAUCUUCCUCGUAGUUUAUCGACCUGAAUUAGCCAUCGGAACAGACAACAGCUAUAUUUGUGUUAGUUAGCUAGCUACUUUACCAGUUAGGUAAUAUAAUUAGUUAGUCCUUUUAUUUUAAUGCCACGGUUAUAGUAAUAUUAUGAAUCAUCACUGAGACAACAGUUACCUUAGUGACCAGCCACUGUCCAAUCAGCAGCUCGACUCUGUGGAGGAAGGUGUGAACGAAUGUUUGUUUUCUCAGACUGAAACUGAUGAGGAUGAUGUUGUACGGCUUCCCCUAACCCUCUACCCCCCCAACCACACUGUACUGAAACUAACCCAAUCCAGUUUGAGCCCAUUCUUACUGUCUACCUUCCAGGUUGUGUAAAAUACUGCUGUUAUCUGAGAGUUAAUAUAUGAGCGCUGUGGAGGCGAUAAAGAAAGCCUGCUGUUGAUUAUCACUGUAGAAGAUGAUGUACGUUGUUGUCUUUCAAUGUUCAGAAUAAAAUUCAGUUGGACCAAGA